UUCGGAGGCGGAAACCUGCUUGUUCAGUAAGAGAAGCUGCUCCUUAUAAAUGUAUCAAUUCAUUUGUGCUAUUCUCGAGAAGUGAAAAAGAAGAGUAGACAUAUUUGACGAGGUCAAGAGGAGAAAAUGAACAGUUUUGGAGGUGAGAAAUGUGAGGAGGCAAGACACCUGGCCCGUGCGUAAAAUGGAUACUGCUGCGACCCCUUGAAGGACUGCUGCCACAGUUGUGCUCCAAUACUGAAGACGAAGACACUGGUCUGUCCUGUGGAUUUAUAUCUCAACAUAAACAAAAGUGUCAUAUUUACACUUUGUUUCGGGUCGUUUUAAGUGUCCACACACUACACUUCUGUAGCACAGUUCCCUCCCAUCAGUUAAAGAUGACAGAGAGGACCCCAUGGUGGAUGGCAUUCCUGCCAAAGAAGAAAAGUGGAGGCUCCAAGGACACCAGCACAACCCACACCACGCCGCACUUUGACCCUUUUGCUCCAAGGUCAGAGAAGCAAAAAGACUCCGGUGACCAGGCCCUGUCUCAACAGGAGGCCAGCAUCCACAGCAAUGACACCAAUGAAGAGUCCAGCCUGGAGACGUACUUCAACGAGCAGACAUGUCGCAGGAACAUGAGGAUUUCACGCUCUGGUCGCUUUAAGGUGAAGGGAAAAAUUCGCCAGACCCUUCCUACACAGGAGAAAGAGACAGAUAAUGUGGCAUCAGGGAAAGAGGACAUGCGGGGAUCGCGAGGAGGAGUAGACGAUCAAAGACUGCCCCAUAAAAUGAUGCACGAAGAAAAGGAGAGGGAUUCAAAGAAAUGAAGACGCUUCAUUCUCUUGAGGCAUACCAGGAGCUCUGCUGUGUGUUGGUUACGGUGAUGAAGAUAACAAGGAGCAUUCAACUUUUAGCUCAAUACUGCUGGAAUCAAGUUUAUUGUAUAUGAAACAUUAGACAUUUGGACUUCUAUGUUGAUGGACUUGUGCCAGAAGGCCACAGAAACAAUAAUCAUCAACUUGAAAAGGAUUAUAUUUGUUCUUUAUGAUGGUUAUCGAACCAUUUUCGCCCACAAUAUCCCAUAAUCAAAGCUUAAAAGUAGAGAUACAGUACUAUAACUCUAAGCACUUAAUACCCCAAUAUGUAUUAAUGUCCCACUGUGCCACUGCCUCAGUCACAGACAGUGUCAUCAUUGGACAAGCCUUAAAAUGACUAACAACCUUUAAGAAAACACAAUCCCAGAAUGCAAUUUUCAGUCAGUACUCAAGAUGAAGUGUGAUAUGCUCCAGGAAAAUAUUGUUCAUAAGGUGUUUACAUUAUUUCUGUAAUAAGAAUAAUAUAUGUUUGAUAAUGAAGGAUAAGUAUAAUGCAACGUUUUUACAAAUGCUUUUACAAAAAAAUGUUGAUUCUGCCUGGUUAGAAGGAUGUUUAUGAAGGUGUAAAAUGAUUUCAUAGUUAUAUUGUGUGAAAAAAAAAAUCAGUUAGUGGAAGAAAUUAAGGAAUGUUUGUGAGCAGCUUUUAGUCAGAUACGUGACACUUGCCAGUAAAAGUGCAUAAAACACUUUGUAUGAAGGAUGAAAUCCAGCAUGUUUUAUGACAUAAUGGGUCCAAAACAAGCUACUACUGACACUGAAGUAAAAAGCUAAUGUCAUGACAUCCAAGUGAAUGUGAUAUGGCCAUGUAGCUAAGGAAGUAUGAUCCAGAUGUAGUUUGCUUUGCAGGGCUACUGUAUUGUGGACCACUUGUGGAUACUUAAAUGAAGGCAAAAUUUGAGAAAUAAAUCUGAUAACUGCGUGUGUA